GUCAGAGACAAACGCUGCUUUUCAGUGCCACUGUGCCCAAGAAGAUCCAGAACUUUGCCAAAAGUGCUUUAGUGAAACCCAUCACCAUUAAUGUGGGCAGAGCUGGAGCUGCAAGCUUGGAUGUCAUCCAGAAAAUAGAGGAACUGGCGCACUUGGAGGCAAACAAGCACAAUGGAUGUAAUCUCUAAAGAGGGUCUGCUCUUUUUGCAGGGGGUCAAGUUUGGGAAGAAGAUAUGGCGGAAAUCCUGGCUGAUUCUGUUCGAGCCCAGUCCUGCAGGUAUCGGCCGGAUGGAGCUGUAUGACAUGCGUGAUAGAGGGGGACUGACGGGGUCCGCCAUCGCAAGGCCUUCGGGGCUCAGGAAGAUGGACAAACGGGUGAUCCGCCUGACAGACUGUCUGAGCAUCACUCCAGCCCCAGGAGAAAGCUGUCCCACAGGUUGCUCUGCCUUCUUUUUAAACACCAUCUCAUCCACCUACACCAUCGCUGCCCCCUCCCAGGAGGACUGGAUAAAUGUUCUGUGCCAGGUAGCAUUUCAGAAGACCAAAAGAACCGAAGAUACCAUGAAAGAUAAAUGUACGACACCGGCUGACAAUGACCUCUACUCAACCUGGGGAGCAGGCCAGUUCCAGGUGACAGUGCAGAGCACAGAUGCGUCUCAAAGGUGCAAGAUGUCUGGGUCAUACCUGCUGUCUUCUGAGAAAGAGGCUAUUUGUCUGCUGGACCUUAAGACUGGACAGGCCAUCUACCAUUGGCCCUACAGGCUCCUCAGGAGGUUUGGCCAAGUCAAGGGGGGAAUCAUGAUUGAAUCCGGUCAUCGCUGUCACACUGGGGAGGGUCAGUUCAUUUUCUUGUCAAAACAGGGGGCGCAAAUAAAAAGGGCCAUUGAGGACGCCAUCAUGCACCAGAGUGUCCAAGAACUGCUGGCACAAGCCACCGCUCUUCCGCAAGAGACCGCCCCCAAGCCCCCCUCGCCUAGAAGCAAACCACGGGGCAGGCCCAAGGUAAAAAAUAUUCCUCCGAUCAGUGUGAAUCAAGAUCCACCAUCCAUACCACAAGCCAUUCCACCCCCACCACCUUUACCAAAACCCAAAAUACAGGGUAGGGACAAAACUAAGAUCAGUAAGCAACCUCAAGGCAACAAGAAUCAGGAAAGACCUUGCCCACCUAUAUUGAAAAAACCCGGGCAGCCAAUACACAAGAUCAUUGGAGGUGUUCUCACCCUCCAGAAUGUCCAAAAGGGAUCAUCCACUCCUCCUCAACAAGCCCCGCCACUACCGCCCCCCUUGCCUAAAACCAAACCACAGGACAGGCCUAAAGUUAAAAAGCUUCCUCCAAUCAAUACAAAUCAAGAUAGACCCUGCCCAACAGUACCACGCAGAUACAUCUCCUUACCAGAUCCACCACCUCACGUCAAAAGCCCAGUAAUUAGCCCGGAUGAAGUUUUGUAUUCAGCAGUUUUUCAUCAACCAAAGCCAAGAUCAAAAAUGGAUCUCCCAAAAGUUCCAACCCCUCCCAGUCUACCACCAAACACGGAUACAGAUGUAACCGUGGAUGAAGAGAAGGACUGGAAAUUACCACAAGAACCCUCUGAGGACAAAAAUGAAGAGACUCCCUACACUAACUGGACAGAGAAGACCACUGGCGAGCAGGAUCAACCAGAUCUUCGGGACCUUUAUAGCACAGUGAAUUUUGCAGCUAAACGUAAGAACAGACAGACCGAGGACAGUGAUGAUCAAGAGCAGCCUAACACUGAACAACAAGCUCCUGUUAUCACUUCCAGUGAAAUCCCUGUCGACUUCAAAGAGACCCUUUCUGGCAUUCUGUUUAAAGAUCUGUCUAAAAUUCCACCCCCAUUUCCACCCAGGUCACGUGGGGGAAGCAGUGAACAGUUAGAUCGACUAGAUGAGCAGAUGACUGAUUGAGGUUUUUAUUGUCUACAGCUGAGGUCAGUGUCAUUGCUAACCUGAUAAUUGUGAGUGAUAUGCGUUAAAGUGUGGGAUAAGUCUUAACAUGAAACUUUAAUAAUAAUGCACAGAAUAUGUAGGUCUACUGAGAUGAUUAAAUAUAAGGAAAAUGUAAUGUUUUGAAUGUAAAUGAUCUUUAUUGAAAAUGUUUUGUAAGAUAUAUUGUAUAAGUGUGUAUAUUUGAGUAUAAGUUGUUUAAAACAGUUUGUGUUUUAAUAAUCAACAAAUUAUUUAACGUAAAGGAAUAGUUAACCCCAAAAGGUGAUGGUCCCAACUGAAUUGAAUAGGGUUUUAUUUUUUUAUUGUUAUUUUUUUUCCUUUUUCUUUUUGCCCCCACACUGGGGACC